CCACCCCCACUCAGCCACCACCAUGUGAUAUGAUGCAGAUGUGAAACUCCCUGCUCAUUCAUCAAGCAGAACACCGCUGUACAGGGAACGGUCACAUCACAUAUGUGUUUGAGGAUCACUGAGACGCGAUGUGGAUUACUUUUUCUUUAGUCACACUUGCAUGGAUUUCUACGGCCCAAGCUAGAAUAAACUGUGAACAAGUCCUCCAUGACUGUCUACGACCGGAACAUGUCCCCUGGACCAAGUGCUAUGAGGACAGAAUUGGAAGCUGUAUUACAGGGAGAAUCCAAUCAAAUCCAAAAUUCAUUCAUCAGAGAGUGAGCUGGUCUCAAAAGGUUGAAAAGAGUCCAACUCCUGAACACAGCCUUUCCAUCCCAGCCUCGGCUCUCCAGAGAAGCAGAGGACCGGAAGUGCUUGGCGAGGAUGUACUGCUGGUGACCACUGUGAUCAACAGCACUUUAUUCAAGCUGAGUCGCACUCGAAGAAAACAGAGCCGAGUGAUAACACCAGACCCACCUGCCCCCAGUGUUUUGGGGGAUUUAGUCCUGGUAGUGAGGGCAGGGAACGUUCCUGUCCAAAACCUCUCCCAACCCAUCAAGUUAACCUUCAAACACAACAAACAGGUGGGAAAUGGGACGUGUGUGUUUUGGGAGGAGUCACCGCUUGAUGAUGGAACAGGUACCUGGAGCACAAAGGGCUGUGAUACCCAUGACACUGGAGAUGAAUUUAUUUGCAGCUGCAACCACAUGAGCUUCUUUGCAGUGCUUGUGAACCCUGCGUUAUCAGUGAGUCAAAGCGAUGCUGUGAACCUGAGCUAUAUCACCUACAUUGGCUCAGCGCUCUCCGUCUUCUUCACAGUCAUCAGCUUGAUCAUCUAUAUAUGUCUACAACGUCGACGUCCAGAGAAGGCUACUGGGGUGCAUUUGCAACUGACAGGAGCGCUGCUCUGCCUCCACCUCACCUUCCUGCUGUGCAGCUUCUGGGUGUGGCAACUGUCUGAGAAUGAGGAGGGCUGGGUUUGCAAGGGUCUGGGUUUCUUUUUACACUGGUCCCUGCUGGCCACCUUCAGCUGGACGGCUCUGGAAGGUUUCCACCUCUACCUGCUCUUAGUCCGAGUCUUCAACAUCUACGUCAGGAGAUACCUGCUAAAGCUCAGCGUGGUGGGAUGGGGUGUUCCAACACUGGUUGCCGCGGUUUGUGGGAUUUCAGGUGUUUAUGGCAAAUACAAUCUGAGGGAUGCCAACAACCAGACUUCAGCAGCACAGAUAUGCUGGAUGAGCAGCGAGUUCCCACAUAGGCUCUUAGUCAGCUACAUCACCACCGUGGCCGUCCCAGGUGCGCUGAUGAUACUGUGUAAUUCCUGCAUGCUGGGGCUGGUGGUGUUUAAGCUCUGGAGGCUACGGGCAAGUAGUUUAGGCACUGAAAGCAGUGGCUGGAAGAAGAUAAACAGGGAGAAAGGGAUGAAGUUAUUGAAAGACGCCGCCACAGUGCUGGGCCUCAGCUGUGUGCUGGGCUUACCUUGGGGGUUAGCGAGCACCACCUACAUCUCCCUCCCUGGGAUCUACAUAUUCACUAUACUGAACUCCCUGCAGGGUCUAUUUAUGUUCCUGUGGUCUGUGGCUUUGACCUGCAAGUCUCGAUCUGACAAUGACUCCUCAGUCAGAGACCCUUCUUCUCAGAAAAUAAUGACUACCAGUUUCAACAACUGAUGUUCACAACUACAACAAAUUAUUAUUAUUAUUUAUUUAUGUGAGGUGUCACUUUGGAGUCCAGUUAUGUGCAGUUAAAUGAUAACAUUACUUAAUCCCAUGUCUCAUCAUAUCUUGCAACUUCCUGAAAUGAAGAUAGCAGACAAACAUGCAUCAUGAACAACAAUGGCUUCUAAUUAUUUAUUGUUGCUACAAUUAUGAUCCUUAUUGUUACAGUAAUAUCAAAAAUGGACAGGCUGAGUCAAGAUUAUGAAAAUAAAAACAUUCUCUAAUUGUCUUUUCUGCAGUUUACGUUGUAACACAUUGUCAUAAAGACUACUUUGUUAAA